GGCUGAGUUUCCCCCCGACCCGCACCUCCCCCGCCCCUGGGCGCCGGGCGAGCGUUUGCCUCGCGCCGCCGUGGCGAGGAGACAAUGGGAGAGAAAACCAGAGAAACGCCGUUAGUCCCCGCGCUGCGAGGACGGGGCGGCGGGGGCGCAGGGCCUGGAGGGAACCCGGGAGCCUCUCCGCGCCCGGCCGGCGCCCCUGCCACUUGCAGCCCCAGUUGUUUAUUUGGGAGCGGGGGAGGGGAGUGGGGGGAGUUCCUCGGAGUGAAAACCUUUCCGAAGUGGGAGCGAACCUGGGUCGGCCCCCCCGCCCCCCGGCCGCAGCCUUCAGAGGAGAUUGGGCCGCCGAGGCGGUCGUGAGAGACGGACAGAGAGGAAGCCGCGGCUGGAAUCUCCUAACCGCCGGCUUCUCAUCUUGUCCUGGGGCAGGGGCCUCAGGAUGGAAACCAGCAGCCUGCACCGCCCGAGAAGGUCGGCUGGGUCCGGAAAUUCUGCGGGAAAGGGAUUUUCAGGGAGAUUUGGAAAAACCGCUAUGUGGUGCUGAAAGGGGACCAGCUCUACAUCUCUGAGAAGGAGGAGCGUGCACAGGUCCUGUCCGUGGCGCAUCCGCCCUGAAUCACGGAGAACACACACGCACCCCGCCGUCAGGCCCCUGUGACCUCGAGUCUGUGAGUGGCAGUUAUUUUCGUUGAAGCCAGUGUCCCUAACCAGUAUGCUCUCUGUUCCCCACCCCCACCCCAUUUAAAAAAGGCAAGGAACCCAUUUUCUACCCACUUCCUGCCCACUCCUCCAUUUGUAUCAGAAGGGAGAAAAAUGGAGUUAAGAACCCCUGUGUGUCUUUGGAUAGCUUUGGCUGUGUAGUUAACCAUGAAAACCACAGUCUACACUGUGUCAAAACCUGAGCUAUGAUAAUUGAAUCCAGACCCAUCUCCCUUUUUUCCCUAAGUCUUGGGAUCAAUAACGUGUACUAAUGUGGAGAAAUCAGAAUUGCCCCUACAGUGGUUAGAAGUCAUUCCAUUCCCUGCCUCUGUGACUGUCCAAAGGCAGUCAGUAUAGCCUGGGAGACUGUCCUGUACGGUUAGAGUGGCCCUUCCUCCCGCCCUCACGGGAGGGAUUCUGUGUUCCCUCACCCAGGGCUAACUGGGAAGUCCUCCCUGAGUUCUUUCUAACCUCUUCUGCUUUCUGCAGUAGACACCCUUAUUCAGUGGAUUAUAUUUAGGUAAAUAAAACCUUUUAUGGUAUUGAAACAGAUACACACACACCCUAAGACAAAGUACUCAUCUAAAAGAACAUCUACUGAGGCAUCUAGGGAAGAACGAAGCUGUGCCACAGCCAAAGAGAUCCUCCUUAAGGGUAUUGAAACCCAGCUGUUUACACAAAGCUAGCAAGUUGGUGAUGGAAAGUCUUAGGAGUGAGGUGAGGGCACUUUUCUUGGUCUGUCAUCCAGGCUGGAAUGCAGUGGCUCGAUCACAGCUCACUUCAGUCUCCACCUCCCAGGCUCAAGUGAUCCUCCCACCUCAUCCUCCGAGUAGCUGGGACUACAGGAAACUCUAGUUACGAAUCAGGGAGAGAACUUCCUACACGUCAAAGGGAAAAACAUAAUAAUGAAAGGGCAUCCUCUCUCAAAGAGGGCUGGAGUACCUUGUGAUCACAGGCUGAUGUGUAAGAACAGAAGCUAGACCUUAGGAAGACCUCAUGUUAGAGGAAAUUGGAUUCGGGGCAACUCUUUGGACAGGUAAAAGAUGAGAAAAAUAUUCAAGAGGUAUUUGACCUGAGUGACUAUGAGAAGUGUGAAGAGCUCCGGAAGUCCAAGAGCAGGAGCAAGAAAAAUCAUAGCAAGUUUACUGUUGCCCACUCCAAACAGCCCGGCAACACGGCACCCAACCUGAUCUUCCUGGCAGUGAGUCCAGAAGAGAAAGAAUCGUGGAUCAAUGCCCUCAACUCUGCCAUCACCCGAGCCAAGAACCGUAUCUUGGAUGAGGUCACCGUUGAGGAGGACAGCUAUCUUGCCCAUCCCACUCGAGACAGGGCAAAAAUCCAACACUCCCGCCGCCCCCCAACAAGGGGACACCUAAUGGCUGUGGCGUCCACCUCUACCUCAGAUGGGAUGCUGACCUUGGACUUGAUCCAAGAGGAAGACCCUUCCCCUGAGGAACCAACCUCUUGUGCUGAGAGCUUUCGGGUUGACCUGGACAAGUCUGUGGCCCAGCUGGCAAGGAGCCGGCGGAGAGCAGACUCAGAUCGCAUCCAGCCCUCCGCAGACCGGGCAAGCAGCCUCUCCCAACCUUGGGAAAAAACAGACAAAGGGGCCACCUACACCCCCCAGGCACCCAAGAAGUUGACGUCCACAGAGAAAGGCCGCUGUGCCUCCCUGGAGGAGAUCCUAUCUCAGCGGGACGCUGCCCCUGCCGGCGCCCUCCAGCUUCGGGCUGAGGAACCCCCAACCCCUGCCCUCCCCCACCCGGGGCAGCUGUCCCGGAUCCAGGACCUGGUAGCAAGGAAACUGGAGAAGACUCAGGAGCUUCUGGCAGAGGUUCAGGGAAUGGGAGAUGGGAAGCGAAAGGCCAAGGACCCCCCUCGGUCUCCGCCGGAUUCUGAGUCAGAGCAGCUGCUGCUGGAGACGGAACGGCUGCUGGGAGAGGCAUCAUCGAAUUGGAGCCAGGCAAAGAGGGUGCUGCAGGAGGUCAGGGAGCUGAGAGACCUGUACAGACAGAUGGACCUGCAGACCCCCGACUCCCACCUCAGACAGACCACCCCUCACAGUCAGUACCGGAAGAGCCUGAUGUGAGGGCAGGGUGGGGUCUGGAACUCGUCAGGUUGGACAGACUCUUAUCUCCAUGUUGCUGGAUAAAGCUUUUUUAUUUACCUCAAUCAAAAAAAGAAAACAAAAACGAA